CUUUGAUUUGCUUACUAUAAAUCUGAAAAUAUCUUUGGUUAGAACAAGUAGAAGCGGGAAUAAUCCAUUAUAUUUAGAACAGGAGAGUAAACAGAUCAUUAUCAUAGUAGGCAAUGGGAAGAAGUUUCCACCCAACUUCGUUCCCAUCAGACCAUCUCACUCCUGCAACGCACACAUCCACCAUCCCAAGACCAAAAGAAUCACAUCUUCCUUGGAUACUAUCGGCCCUGCAGCUUUGCAAAACUUCUUCUACCAGAAGACCAAACACCGGGAAUCUUCUCGAACACUCCAGCAGUAUGAAGUACCAGACUAUCCUGAGCCCAGUGCUCCUGAUCUCGACCCUCGCAACCGCACGAGUCCUCAAGCUUCCAGCAGCAACAGCAGCAGCAGCUUCAGAAUCUUGUAUUACUUUUCCAAACGGAGAGUCUGCCUGUGGUGAUGCAACCACUUUGUUCGGCACUACGCUGCGCCCUGUGGUAACUCUAACCAAGUCAUACACUACCCAGACAUGGUUUCUCCCCUCGAUUCCUGCCCCAGAAAACUCAAUUGGCAGAGAGCCAACCACGAGCCAUGGCUCCGUCACAUUCCCAACGACAUCUGCCUUAAUAAAUUUAAUUGGCAGAGAGUCAAUUGCGAGCCAUAGCUCCGACACUUUCUGUGCUACAAAGACCGUCACAAUCAUAGUGACCAACUCUCGAUGUCAGAACGGAACCCAAUCGACUUUCACCUCUGGAGGUCGAGACAGUCAGCCUUCUACCGGAAGCGUGUCUUCACUGCCUGGGAUUCCUACUUCUCCCUCGGAACUUACUCCAGCAGUGUGUGCUUCGGAUCCCAAGUUGGAAUGCAUCGUGCAAGGAGGACACACUUUCACAGUGGGAACUGCCUCCGCCACUGGAAGUCAACACACUGAGACUCCCUCGGCCAUUGAGUCUUCACAGCGUGGAGACUUCACGACUCCCUCAGUAUUUGGUCCAACCCCUUGUGCUGACAAUCCCAAACUGGAAUGCAUUGAUCAAGGAGGAAUCCCUUACACAAUCGGCACUGGCAUUACCACAAUCACGGACGUGCCUCUGAGUGCUGGACUCUUUGGUUCCCAUACCGAGACUGGCACCAAGACAGGCCCCGAUGUCAGUGCACUCACUUCAUCGCCAGGUCACAGCUCUGGUUCUUCUCAGACCAAGACAAAAUCCGGCACCAGUGUGCUCAUCACUCUCACUAUCGGUGGCAUCGACUACAAUACUGCGCCAACUGCAAAGGCAGAGAACGGACGCGUUGGAUACAACAAGAGAGUUGACUUAGAGGACGGCCGCGGUGGAUAUAACAAGAGAGGAGAGGACUCAGAGCACGGUCGCGGUGAAUACAACUAA